UCUACCGCAGGCAGCUCCAGCAAAAGGUUGGCACAGCUUCUUCAGGUCAGUCAAUCAGGGAAUGUCUUUCUUCUGCUAAAUAAAUAUUAGGAGAGAAUAUGGGGAGGGUCACGUAAGGUGGGAGGAUCUCCUUUUUACCAUCAGGCAUUGUUAUGCUUGGAUUCCACUGCCAGAGGAAUCAUGGGUCAGUUCUAAAGAAAUCAGAAAUCAUGGGAAUGGGAGAAAGAGCUUGUGUCAUUGGUAGGGUCCACAGGACCACUGAGAUUUGGGAGAGAAUGAGAGAAAAGCUUCUUUCACAUGAGUCUGGUCUUAUCUCAACUCCACUUCUAUAUUCAUACUUGAUAAGGCCUGAAAAAGUUACCCUUUCCCCUGGUAAAAGUAAAUCUGAGGAUUUUUCUCUGAUGGAAAGGUCGACCCAAUCUUUGACGAUCCAGUCAGCUUUUCUUUACAACUGAAGAUGUCUGUGGGAAAAUAGUUUUCCAAUAUAUAGUGUCUAAGGGAAUGUUCUCCUGAUGUUCUGAAUCUCUCUAUAUCUUGUCCCAUCAUUCUCUUUGUUUGUAACUACUUGGCAUCAGAAAAACUAAUUAAUUAAAAUGAAAAAAAUCUAGUCCACCUAAUUAGACGUGGACAGAAUUCUUCACUCUCACAAAAAGGACUUCUCUUUGCUUCUUUUUCACUCUCUGUCCUGGGAAAGAGCGGUAUUGAAUUUGAAAUGAUUAUUUUGAGCAUCUUUGUCCCAAACUAGUCCAUCUUUCCACACAUGGGUCAAUGUUGUGUCACAUGACUUGUUAAAUGAGACUGAAACAAUUAUGGAAAAAUUUGAAUAAACUGUCAAUGACAACAUGCAGGUGUUCAUAAUUUGUGGAAGAGGCUCCUCCUUUGGGGGGAAGUUCUUGAUCCUGCUCAGAGGUCUCUCUACCCUUGAAUCCUCUGUAAAAGUUCAAUUCAGGCACUGAUGCCCAAGGUCCACGCUCCAUUCCUUCUUCGGUCAGGACGUGUGACAUGAAAAACAUUUAUGAACUUUGGUCUGAAGGUAGGUUGGGGAAGGGGGUUGGACUGAUGCAAGCAUUUUUUGUCCAUCCUUUGGGGGUAAGUCUCCCUUCCAUGCUUCAUUAAAUUGGUUGUCACGAGGUGGGGAAUGAAAUCCUUGACCUCCCCCUGCCCCGGCAUCCCUGAUAGGCCAUACCUGUGUUGUUUUAUCCACAGGUUUAUCACACUCAGCAGUGCCCAGGGGAGGUUUCUCCAGCAUGGACCCAACCAUUAUGAUGCAGAUUUCUACCCAAAUGCCCCAAGGCUCAGUUGAUGGAAACCAGACUGAGAGAAAUAUUAAUGAAUCUCUCUUCAUUUUCUGGAAUCGUUGUGAAUUUAGGGCAUUUGUUGUUACACUUAACUUCAUCGUAUUGGCCAUCAGCUUCUGUGGAUUGGUGGCAAAUGGAUUGGUCCUCUGGCUCCUGGGCUUCUGCCUCACGAGGAACCCUUUCUCGGUCUACAUCCUCAACCUGGCGGGGGCCGACUUCUUCUACCUGUGUGGCCAGAUCAUGCAUUCAAUCUCAUUGAUUUGGUUUGACUUUUCGGACCUGGUACCAACAUUUAUUCUCUCUCUCAAAUUUUUCUUUUAUACCCUGAGCCUGAGCCUCUUGGUCGCGAUCAGCACCGAGCGCUGUCUCUCAGUUCUCUUCCCCAUCUGGUACCGAUGUCGCCGGCCUAAGCACACCUCUACCAUUGUGUGCUUCCUCUUCUGGACACUUUACCUUCUAGGGAAUCUGCUAGAAAGUGCUGCUUGUGGGUUAAUUGCUUUUCUCCCCUCCGCCGCCUCCACCAUAAUGUCAUGUCUGGCAUGGGACUUGUUUUUUGUGGCCUUGCUCUUCUUGAUGGUUUGCCUGCUGUGUGUGUCCAGCUUGACUCUAGUCCUUAAGGUCCAGUGCCAUGCCCAGGGCAGACGACCCUCCAAACUCUACCUGAUCAUUCUCCUCACAAUCCUCAUGUUCUUGAUCUGUGGCCUGCCUAUUGGAAUCCACUGGUUUCUCUUAUAUUGGUUCAUAAAUAUGAAGUGUGUCAUUUUUGUCUUUCAGCUUCUCUCCUGUGUGAACAGCAGCAUAAACCCCUUUAUUUACUUCUUUCUGGGUAGCUUCAGACAGAAGAAAAAGAGGGAGCCUCUCAGGGUAAUCCUUCAGAGGGCCCUGAAAGAUGAGACAGAGUGGGAGACAUCAAACUCCCUCACAGAAAUUAUGGAAAUGUCAGCCUGAGAAUUCCCCUAGAGGGUUGGUGGAGAAAGAAUAAGGGAGGAUCCCUCUUGGGCAUUGGGCUUGCACCAUUGAAUUCAGUCACAUCUGUAGUGACUUUCCCCUCUCUUCUUCUCCCAUUGCUUAGGAAGACACAUGGCUUUUUACUUGUCCUACUUGGAAGUAAGAUGGUUCUGAAGGCCGGGGGCCCCUAGAUUUGAUGAGAGAGUUGGCACUUGGGGCAUCCUGAUGGAGAAAGUAAAAAUCCAUCUUAUUUGGAGACAGUUCCAGGGAAGCACACACUUUAUGCGUUAAAUCUGUCUACAAGGUGGAGAAGCAUGUGGUCUAAGGCACUCCCCUCAUAUGGAAUUCUACUCCAGCCCCAGACAUGAUCAUUUCCAUAAUCACGUUACAUUUUGAGACAGACUAGACAACUCCUUGGUUUGGGCCAGCUGAGGAAGGAUGGGUUGCUUUUGCCUUUUGCAAGCACUCUGACUCAUUCUAUCCACUGAAGGAUGGGUUACUCAUCACGCACCUGCCUAAUCCCACAACUCUCACAUAGGAUAAGUCAAAGACAGAUCACAUGGAACAAUGGACACAUAGAAGAAAAGUCAGUUCUUGUUCUAGGUGGCCAUGGGCUCCUUUCCCUCCUCGGCUCUGCUCUCCUUUUUUAUUUUACCCCCAGGACUUUACUUGGAUCCAGCUUGAGCAGCGGGGUCUGGAACAGUGAUCUGACCCUGACAAUCGAUAACACCGAGGGAAUGCAUCUGCUCCUCUCCCUGACUCAGCCCAGAUGAAGGCAAGCCCUCGGGGAGCCAUAGGCCCCUCUGCUCUCGGGACCUUCAUUUCUCAUCUACUUUGGCCAUCAUCUGAAAGUUCAACGAGCAGAUUGCGUUCCGACAACGAAGUUGGGGAUUCUUCACUCAUGCUAGAAUAAAGCACAUGAUCAGUCCUUCCCCACCUCCCAGACUCACCCUGCCCCAAUGGCUUCAUGUCCCAUCACACCUACUUUCUGCCGCCUGGGAUUGUAACCCCAGCUUUCUGGGCCCUCUGUGGGGACUUUUAUUGCAUCACUAAUCCUGAGGGUAAAAAAAAAAUCACCUCCAUGAAGGAGUCUGUUCUUUAAGGGUCCCACAGAGCAAUGUGUUCAUGGAAACUGAGUCAGCAUCCCAACUUGACUACUGCUUAUAUGAAUAAACUACUUCCUUGGUCA